ACACAAGCCUCUCUCUCUCUCUCUCGCCCUCUCGCAUCAAGAUUAGGGUUCUUGAGUUCUUGAUGGAGAAGGAAGAAUGCAGCAGUAGUGAAUCGGGUUGGACGACUUAUAUAUCGUCGCCGAUCGAAGUAGAUGAAGAGGAGGUCGUGGACCAAGACUAUCAAGAAGUGUAUAACAUGUAUAGUUACUUUAGCAAAGGCGAAACUGAAGAAGAGAGGAACAAAGAUAGCGAUGAUUCAAUGGCCUCGGACGCUUCGUCUGGACCAAAUUAUCAUCAGCGGUAUCACCAAAAGAACAAGGCGUUGGAAUUGAAGAACGGGAAAAUUGAAGGUAAUAAUACUAAGAGUAAAAAUGAUAUUGAUAAAAAAACUAGUAACUCGUACAAGAAAAAAGAGAAGAAAAAGAGAGAAACUAAGAGUACUUAUAGAAAAUGAAGUGAUUUAUGUUAUAACUUGUAAUUAGUGUUUGUAUAUUGGGAUUUGGAUAUUAUAAUUUCCUACUUUAUUUGAGGUUUUUUGAUGCCUCAAGGAUAGGAAGGUGAUGAUUCUUUUAUUAUUUAUUUAAAAAGGUUUGUUUGAUAUUUGUA